CAAAACGUGUAUUCCGUAAUUUCGUUACGUUUAUUUAUCCACGCUCUCUCUCUAAGUUGAUCGUGUAUUCAGUGGAGUGACGCCAGUACACACUUCCGUUAUGCUGCCAGUCGCCAACUGCUUCACCGAGGUUUGCGUGUUACACACUUCCGUUAUGGAAGUACGUCAGAUGUGAGUGACCAACGAGAUAGAGGAUAACGUCGGAGAAUGCGUGCCCGCAGAACACCGAAAAAAGUCCCGAAGAGUGCGAUACAACGUGCGAGGGAAUUUCGAGCGAGACAGAGAGCCUUGAGAUCGGGACCACAAAAGGUAUCUCCAUUACCAACAGCUGAUCAACCAUCAGUCGAUAACACCAGAGAGCGACCGUCGACAAGUAAGAAAAAACCAAAGAAAGGUCAUGUAUCUAAACCAACGGUACCGUACACCAAUUUUGUGGCCAAUCACAGCGCUCAUCGGUAUUUCAAAAAUAAAUUUUACGACAAUCCUUUCGGCUCAGCUUGUCAGAUAUGCGAUCGGCUGUGGUUUCAAAGUGAAUUGAAAAUACUUAGCCCUCAGCAUCAGAAAAUCAUAGCUAAGAAAUUUAUCGGUCAGGAUGUCAGUAAUUUAGCUGCAUGCAAAGGAUGUAUUCAGGCCCUUGCGCGCAAUAACAUUCCCACAUUCGCGAAAUUUAAUGGAUUCCGAUAUCCGGAGAUACCGACUCAUCUACCUCAAUUGAAUUCAGUAUCCGAGAGACUCAUCUCCCCGAAAAUCCCCUUUUUGCAAGUUAGACGAUUGCUGAAUGUCGAAGGUCAUGAUGAACUUCUCUCACAAGUUAUCAAUGUCCCGACGACUGAUAAUAACAUGGCAUAUCAGUUGCCCAGAAAUCUCUUUGACGAUUAUUGCAUCAAUGUUCGAGUUGAUCAAAAGAGAAUUUACGAGUCAGUUGAGUUGAUGGAUUUGGUGAACAAAUCAGACAUUCAGGCGUGGUUGGAGUACCUGAUAACAACUCCUCUUUACGAAACCUACAACAUCAAGAUCGAUGAGGCCUUCUUUGACGACAAGAAUUUCGAUAAAAUCUCGAGAGCAUCGGUGAUUGAAAAAAUACCAAUCGCGAAGAGUUUCAUUUCACAGCAGCAAACGCUACUGUGGAAUGUCGAUAAAUACCUCCAGGAUGCACCUAGUGAUGUGGACGUACCGUACAACACGCUAUUCGAUGAUCACGCCGAGGAGCUCUCCUUCCCGGGGAUCUACCUCGGUCAAUAUCGAAUAUUUAAGGACGGUUUUCGCGUUACACCAUUCAGCAUCGUCAGCAGCGAGCUGAGACGAGCUGAUCGCCGUGGAGUGACUCCUCAGCACCUCCUCUACAUGGCGAUGAAGAUAAUGAGGAUAAGAGUCCAUGAUGCCCUCACCAACACCAGCAAAAUCGUCGGCAAGGAUUGGAACGCGGUGAGACAGCAGAUGUUGUCGGAGGACUACAUUAACCAGAGUCUGGAGAGCAAUCUCGCUUUUCUCAAGUGCAUCCCCAAUUCUACUUGGUACUGGGCAGAGCGCAAACGCGAUCUGUCCACCAUGUUGAGACAGCUCGGCAAGCCCUCGAUGUGUCUGACCCUGAGUGCCAAUGAAACCGGCUGGAUUCCCCUGCUGCAGGUGCUCUACAAACUAAAGCAUGGCGUUCAGAUUUCAGAGAAACAAGCGAUUAAAAUGAGCCUCGUUGAGAGAAGCACUCUGGUGAAUGGGGACGCAGUGACAUGCGCCAUCUACUUCAGCAAACUGGUGAACGUAUUGAUGACGAUUCUCCAGUCUAAGAAAGGCAAUCCCUUCGACCAAUUCUAUGUCACCCAUUACUUUCAACACAUUGAAUUCCAGUCUAACGGAAGUCCUCAGGCGCGUAUUCUUUUGUGGGUGAGCAAUGAUCCCAAGGAUUUACUCGAUGGCGAUAUGGCAACUGCCCUCGAAUUGAUCGACAAAGUCAUCUCGGUUUCCGCGAGAGAGUCAUCAGGUUUCAUUGAUCACCAAAUUCACCAGCACACCUUUCAAUGUUAUGAUAAAGAAGGUGGAAUUGGUCAGGUUUGUAAGUUUGGUGCUCCCUUUCUGCCGUGUCGGCUCACGACGAUUCUAACACCCCUGCCGAGAACAGAUAUCCAAUACGCUAUUAAUGUUGAGCAUUACAAAAUCAUCAAGAAAAACCUGGAGAUAAAUGAUUACGCGGACUUUGAGACAUUCUAUGAUGAGAAUGGUAUAACAUCUGAUGACCAUUACCUCGAUAUCAUUCGGGCGGGAAUCGAUCGACCGAAGGUUCUCGUGAAGCGUGAGCCCUCCGAAAAGUGGCAUCAGAGCUUCAAUCCUUUUAUCCUGAAUAUUCUCAACGCGAAUAUGAACGUAGAAUUCAUUCCCGACGAGUAUUCCUGCGCUGAUUACGUGGUGGAUUAUAUCAACAAGGCUGACAGGGGCAUCAGUGAUUUAAGAAGAAGAAUUAUCGCGAUCAUGAACGCGAACCCAGAAUUCAACAUCACAGACAUUACCAAAGAGCUCAGUGCGGAGGUCCUUAAUACCGUUGAAAUGACGACUCAGGAAGCUGCCUGGUAUCUCCUCCGCGAGCCCACCUCUAAGAAUUCCACUCCCGUGCUUUACAUUCCCACAGUGCGACCAGCUGAACGACCAAAGGUCCGGAAGAAUCAUCAUCAGUUGGUGGCCCUUGACGUGGACGAAGAUUCCCCGGAUGUCUGGAAGGAGAGCUGGUACGACAAGUACGAGAAGAGGCCAACGGAACUCGAAGACGUGACUCUUGCGCAGUUCGUCGCCAACUACACCCGAAACUUCAACACCUCCACCUACGUCAGACGAAGGGAUCCCUGUCUCAUUCGGUAUCAUAAUUACGACAUGCUCACACAGUCUGAUGAGUACAAGCGGGAAAUGGUGACGCUGCACGUACCCUUCCGCGAUGAAGAACUUGAAAUCAUCGCUGAUAACAAGUUCCUUCAGUUGUACAAAAAACACGAGACAUCUAUCUUCACUCGUCGUCAAGAGUUUGAGUCUGAUAUCAAUGUCCAGGGAACUCUCAACAGGUUCAGAUUGUUUCAGGGGCAGACUAUCGAUGAUGAUAAGAUUGACGUGCCGCGAUUGGUUCCGAUUGAGCCAGAAUCUGAUCCAUUCGCGGGAUUGGGUGAGCCCGAGCUGCCAGAAAAUUGGGACUGCAAGAGUGAUUCCAGUACUGUAACAUCUGAGUCGCCGAUUUUGAUGAAGAGGGAGGAGCCAGAGAUUCCUGGCGCUAAUUCCAUUCUCUUCAGCCUUCUCACCAAGAACGGCUCACCGUUUCAUAUUUUCCUCAGUGGUCCAAUGGCAUGUCCAAAGACAUUCAUCAUCCGGAUUAUGACGGAGGUGUAUAAUCGGUACAAAACUUCUAGUGACAGCUGCAGUGUCUUCACCAAUUACUCGUCAAGUAACAAGACUAGUGUUGCUAGUGAGAAUAUGAUGACCUACACAACUCUGAGGGCUCCCCUACCUAAGAUGCUGGCAUUGUCCGUAGAGAGGGCUGAACAAUUCCGAGCGCUCUUGGAUUCCAUUCAGAUACUGAUAGUCGAGGACGUGAGCACCAUCAGCGCUGAAGUUGUGGCCCAAAUUGAUAUGAAACUGAAGCAGAUAACCGGGAUUUACGAUGUGAACUUCGGCGGGAUAAGCAUUAUUCUUGUUGGUGAGCUCAGGAAGUCUCUGUUGAUCCCAGCCGUGUCUAUUCCAAACUUAUUGAAUACUCUGAAGUAUCUGGAGUUGAAUAAAGUAAUGCAACAGUCAAACGAACUAUUCAGCGUAAUACUGGGCAAAAUCUCAAAAGGCGAAAUCUUGGAUGAGCCAGAGUUACGGCUCAUGGAGUCUCGAUUCUUCACCGAAGAAGAGGUCGAUCGUCUCUGUCCCCACGGCAUUCGUGUCUUCGGAUCUCAUGAGUCCGUCAAUGACUACAACCAAGGAAUACUCGAUUCAUCUGAAAAUAAGAUCGUCUCGGUGGCGAACGACAUCUACAUCGGCUGUCCUGAUGGUGAACAGGAAAUCUAUAUCCAGAAAUUCCUCAAAAUGUCGAUCGUCGAGACUCGCGGUUUACCGUACGAAAUCGUAUUCGUCAUGCAAAAGUUGUACAUGGUGACAACCAACUAUGACGCGUCAUUUGGGCUAGUCGCCGGUGCCCUCGCGAAAUUAGUCAGCAUCGAACGCGAUGUUUCUGGGGAAGUGACAAAGGUCUGGCUGAAGCUGUUGAGUCCUCCUGUGGCUGGCGGUAGGAAGAGGAAACGACCCUCAGGUGGAUCAGCCAAGAGUGGCGGCGAUAGCAUGGUUCCUAUGGUACGGCGGAGAUGGAGUGUUCCUUUAAACGAAGGGAAGACGAUAAUCGCGACACGCGAUCACUUUCCGCUACUGCCUGCCUGCGCAAUCACAAUGGACAUCACGGGGGGAAAGACUUUCGACGAGAUGGUGUAUGAGUACAGGGACAGCCACUCGCAGCAGUUGGUGUACAUGACGCUGUCUAGGGUCACGCGGAUCACUGGUCUCUACAUCGUCACCCCGAACAAUGAUCUGAGGUUUCAUCAUGGCAGGAAGACACUGUCUUCGCAGGAUCCGCUGGCUGGCGCCACACCAGCUGAAUCCUUCGAUCUGGCCGAUGAUAAGUCCUUGCUGAUGGACAGGGUCUUAAUAGACUUCAUCAUUGGGAGGAGGACACUUUCCGUUCUGUCCUUCGAUCAUCAGACCCGAGGGAUUAUUUCAGCUGAUCUCAAUGCCAUCGUCAGACAGAAACCAAGCAUUCUUCUUCUUCUGGAGACGUAUCCCGACGAUGAGGAAAAGUUCAAAGUACCUGACUUCAACUGUGAAAUGAGGUUCAAGUGCUCGAACGGGAAAACUAAUUCGGUUGCUAUUCAUCGGGUGAAUUACGACAGGACGAACAUCGUCACUGGUCAUAUGGAUGUCAAUUUUCGUCAAAGUAUAUGUCUGAUUGCUAAUGCUGGGGAAGUCGGGGAGAUCUGCGGAGCUAGAUGUCUUCUGGAGAAUAAUAAGACUGUCAUUACUGUUAUGAUUUAUGUGUCACCAGGACAAACAGUUCGUCGACUCAUUGAAUUCAUUCACGAGGUCUUGCUUGCAUACACUAUCCAGGGGGCAGCACUGCUGAAGAGGGAUUUGGAUAAAAUACCCAUGAUAUUUGGGGGGCAUUUCAAUAUGAAUUUUGCAGCGUCGAAAGCACAACCUCUGAUUGACUUUUUGGAAGGGAAAUUUGGCCUUAAAAUCAACAAGGAUCCAGCGAUCUCACCGACGGAUACUGGAACUACGAUUGACGCGCUGUUUUGCAGACAUUUGGAACAGCUUGAGUCGACGAGCUAUGUAUUAUAUUCGAGUUAUGACAGACCGGUUGCGUCUUAGAAUGGUGGGGGGGAUUUUGUAUUCAGUUUUUCAUUGGUCGUUCAUAUUGAUGAGCUUUUUUUUCAUGGAGUGUGAUACAUAUUUGAGAGAUUGUAUGUAAGAUGAAAAAAUCAUGUGUAAAUAUAGCUUUGACUUUUUCAUAA